AUGUCUAAUACCAACAAACCAUUGAGUGGGUUCCAAAAAAGAAAAAAGAAUUUAGAGAAAUUGCUGAAAGAAAAAGAGCUUCUUCGUAAAGUUCCUAAAAUGGAUUCGUUCUUUGCCUCUUCUAGAUCUAAUAAUUUAAAUGUAUUAGUAUCUAAUGAUUGUAGUGAAGACAAUCAACCAGAAAGAGUAUCUGAAAAAGAAAAGUCACCUCAAAACUUAAUUUCAGAAAAUAUUAUCACUCAAAACGAGAGAUCUAUUAGUGAUGAUCCUGCCAAGUGGGUACUGGAUGAUGCUACAAUUGAAUACUUAGUUCUAAAUGGUGUUAAACAAAAUAUGGACAUUGAUUUUUCAUCUUCAAAACGUCAGUAUGCAGAUACUACCAGAUUUCUAUCACUAUCACUUUUCAGUCGGAAAUUACCGAAUGGUGAAAUACAACCUCGGCCUUGGUUAAUAUUUUCAAAGACCAAAGGUACUGUUUUCUGCGCUCCUUGUAAACUGUUUAAAAAAUCGGGGUCUUUAUCAAAUGAUGAAGGAUAUAACGACUGGAAAAAUGCAGGUCAGAGAAUGAAAGAACAUGAAAACUCAGAUGAUCAUAGAUCUGCAUGUGCUAAACUGUUGGCGAGAAAGAACGCUGGUGGUAGGAUUGACGAGAGACUUGUACUUCAAAUGGAAGAAGAAAUUAAAUACUGGCAUGAAGUUUUGAGGCGUGUUGUUGCUGUUGUAAGAUCAUUGUCUGCACGUGGAUUGCCAUUUAGAGGUUCGGAGGAAAAAUUUGGAUUAAGAAAUAGCGGAAACUAUAUCAUGUCUUUAGAACUUUUAGCUGAGUUUGAUCCUUUUCUAAAUAUACACAUCAAGCGUUAUGGGAACAAAGGCUCUGGUACAACAUCAUACCUUUCAUCUAAGGUGUGUGACGAAAUUAUUGAUAUCAUGGCAAAAAAAGUCAUUAGUACGAUUGUAACGGAGAUACGACAAGCUAAAUAUUUUUCUAUAUCAAUAGACUCGACUCCUGACAUCUCCCACGUAGAUCAGCUUUCAUUCAUAGUGCGAUAUGUAUCUAAAGAAGGAUGUCCCAUUGAACGAUUCAUUAGGUUCAUACCAAACUGUAGCCAUAAAGCUAAAGACAUGGCCACCAUCGUUCUUCAAACGCUGAAAAAUUAUGACUUGGAUAUUGCUAACUGUCGUGGACAAUCGUAUGACAACGCAAGCAACAUGUCCGGUGCAUAUUCUGGUCUACAAGCGAGAAUAAAAGAAGUGAAUUCUUUGGCAGUUUUCGUCCCUUGUUCAGCUCAUUCACUAAAUCUUGUAGGAUCGUGUGCUGCUGAAUCUUGUGAGGCAGCUAUAUCUUUUUUCAGUAACUUGCAAGCAUUGUACAAUUUUUUUUCGAUCUCGACACACAGAUGGGGAUUGUUAGUUUCGAAACUGAAGCCAAAUUCAACAGUUUUGAAAAGCCUUUCUCAGACAAGGUGGUCUGCUCAAGGCGAUGCUUGUAAAAGUCUUUGUAUUUCCUGGAUCGAAAUCAUGGAAGCUCUUAAGAUCAUCGCCAAUGACAUGAGUGAAAAACCAUCGACGCGUUUUGAGGCUUCGGGUCUUCUUAAUUGCUUUGGCUCACUAGAAAUGUGUUUUCUGACUUUAAUGUGGAAUGAUGUACUUGAAAGAUUUAAUAAAGUGAGCAAAUCUCUGCAAUCUGUAGACAUUGGACUAGGUACUGUUGUUGAACUGUAUCAUUCUUUAGUUACGUAUCUUGAAGGUAUACGAGAAGACGGAAUAUUCGAUAUUUAUGAAUCAAGAGCUAUAGAGUUAAGUGGUGAACAAAACUAUACAUAUGAUUUGAAAAGAAAACCUAAACGAAAAGUACAGUUUGAUGAAGUAAAAAGAAAUGAUACCGAACUCUCAGGCAGGAAUAGAUUCAGAGUUACCACCUAUAAAGUAAUUAUUGACAGGUUGAUAACUGAACUACAGAGACGUGGCACAGCUUAUGAAAAAUUAAGUAAUAAGUUUGACUUUCUUACAAAGCUCAAUAUUUUAAAUACUCAAGAAGUUUGCGAAGGAGCAUUUAAUCUAAAAGACUUUUAUCCAGGGGAUUUGGACGAGAAUAUAAAAAACGAAUGUUUGCAUUUACAAGCUCAUUUGUUAUCCACAGAAGCUACAAAAGAAAAAAAAAUGUCAUCACUGGAGCUAUAUAAAUUUAUUUUAGAAAACGGUUUUAUAGACAUUUAUCCAAAUAUAGGAAUAUCACUUAGGAUGCUGUUGAGUACCCCUGUAUCAAACUGCUCAGCUGAACGGUCAUUUUCGGCUCUUAAAAGAAUAAAAAAUUAUUUAAGAUCAAAUACAGAGGAAAAAAGACUUACUUCACUCGCCGUGUUAUACAUUGAGUCAGAAGUAAUGCAAGCAGUGGACUACAGUGAAGUGAUACGUUCUUUCGCAGAACAAAAAGCUCGACGUGUAAAAAUUUGUUAA